UUUUCAGGGAGCUUCUUCCAGCCUAGUAGUGAAAUUUGCAGACACAGAAAAGGAACGCCAACUGAGACGCAUGCAGCAGAUGGCUGGAAACAUGAGUCUUCUCAACCCUUUCGUGUUCAACCAAUUCGGAGCUUACGGAGCUUACGCGCAGCAACAGGCAGCGCUCAUGGCAGCCACAGCGCAAGGGACGUACAUCAAUCCAAUGGCUGCGAUAGCGACCCAUCAUGCAACUAUGAAUGGAAUGGCCAAUUCGGGGCUACCACCAACGACAGAGGUUCCUGUAGGAGCUGGCUCUGGACAACCGCCGGUGAACGGCGCAAUCCCAAGCCUUCCUUCCCCGACGAUGCCCACAUUCAACAUGGCCGCCCAGACCCCGAACGGGCAGCCUGGAGGGCAGGAGCCGCCCCCAGGAGUUUACACCAAUGGGAUACCGCCCCCUCAGACCUAUCAGGCGCGAGAGUACUUCAGGGCAGAUGCUCUGCACCUUUCUAUCCCGGCGCAAGCAGCUGGACUCCCGAACGGAGAGGCAGCCAUCCAGCAUCCUGCCUACCCACCUGGAAUGCAGCCCGCCUAUCCCGGAGUCGCAGCUUACCCCGCCGUUUAUGGUCAAUUCCCACAGGCUAUUCCGCAACCAAUAUCGGCAGUACCGCCCGCCCAAAGAGAAGCAUUCGUACUGGUUGAAAAUCCAGGCUGUUCAAUAUCUGGACCUGAGGGCUGCAACCUCUUCAUCUACCAUCUACCACAGGAAUUCGGUGACGCGGAGCUAAUGCAGAUGUUUUUACCUUUCGGAAACGUCAUCAGCUCGAAAGUAUUCAUUGAUCGUGCCACAAAUCAGAGCAAAUGUUUCGGGUUUGUAUCAUUCGACAACCCAGCAAGCGCCCAAGCAGCGAUUCAAGCGAUGAACGGCUUCCAAAUCGGCAUGAAACGCCUGAAGGUCCAACUGAAGCGACCCAAGGACGCCAACAGACCCUAUUAGCCCUGGGCCCCCUCUACGGCAGCCGCCCCCACCGGUUCGGCACUGCUUCGACUGCCCAGCGCAGGUCUGCCCAUCCUUCGCCAAUAGUAUAUACAUACACUUAAACAUAACAAAAUAGUUUUAUACAUAUUAACGAUUAUUACCACACGCGCCUGGCGGUAUAUAUUAUUACUCCGAGCACUCUUUAUUGUAGUACACACUUUCAACCUUCUGCGGAUGCGGCAUCUAGCAGUCUUUUGAUCAUUUUGUUAUAAACAGUCGUCAUGAAAUGACAUUGGGGUGGUUACUUAAGAUAUUCAAAACUUAGAUUAGAACAAUCAGUCAACCCUUUUAUGAAGAAUUAGGAUGUGAAUUACCCAGCAAGUGAUUAACUACCACUUUAAACUUACAUACACUAUAAAUAUGUGUAUAUGUACUGCCAAAUUGACUCUAAUAAUGUUACGUUUGGGUUCGCAGGCUUAAGUCCUCAUUAGAUGUUAAAACUCUUAGGUAUCAAGAGUCAGAUUUGUAGACCUUCCUUGAGGCUUCCUUGGAAACAGUUAAACAAUUUGGUUUAUUGGUGCUAAAUAUAAAUAAACAAUAAAAAAUAAUAUUUUUGCUGUCUCGAAUAACAGUGCAAUCACAGAGAAGUGAAAAACUGAAUAUAGGCGACCAGUUGCACCAAACUGCUUUACUGUUACCUUCUCAUUUUAUUUUCAUUGAUUGCUCUAAAUUUGUCUAAUAUAUAGGUCAAAUUCAGAUUCUCGCUAAAUUUCUUUUUUUAUUGUCAUACAUUAUAAUUUAUAAUAAUAUAAAAUUUGAAUAUAAAAUAUGUUUUUGUUUCAAGUACUGUAGUAGUUGAAUCUGACAGACAAAUCUUUAAUCUGCAACCAGCAGAACAGUUCGGUACAACUGGUUGCCUAUAAUCAGUUUUUUUCUUAUCUGUGAUUGGGCUGUAAUUCGAGGAAGCAUUUUGCAUUGUAUUCAUAUAGGUAUUUAGCACAAACAAGCCAAAUAUCUUUACAAUUUUAUCAUCAAAAUGCUAAAUAGAUGCGACCAGCAAAGAAAAAUCUUUCUGCCAUCGAUGAUAGCGUGUGUUGACAACUAUUACAGCCUGCUAUGAAAUGAAAGUUUAAAUCCUUCCUUGAACGUUCCUCAAGGAAGCGUCAUUGUUUCAUUAUUUAAUAAUGAGAUAUCAGAUAUCCAUUUUUUCCAAGGAACUCUCACGUUUUAAGGGAGGCCUAUAAAUCUGACUCCAAGUCUUUUAGUAGUGAGUGUUCGAUCACUAUUAUAGGACCAAAGUUGUAUGUCAAUGACAAUAACCGAUUUUAUUUUUUUUUUUAAGAGACAAACUUAUUUUUCGCUGCGGCAUCCUUUAAAAAAACACAGCCUGAUGUUGGGGCACAUUCUCGAAGUCAAUGCUUAUAUAAUGUUGCUCCCAAAACGUAUCCUGUGGUUUUCAUGUCUCCCUUGUCUGACCCAAGUAGGUAUAUCUUAAUUUCUGUUUAUUGAACGACCUCCGCGAUGGCCGUUCUCAACUACAAUGACAUUAUAUUUUGUUUAUCAGAUAAAUAAUAAAAUAAAUAAUUGUUGUUGUACUUGAUGAAGGCCACUAUGAUGUACGAAUCGUCGUACAAUGAACAGAAGUCAAAACAUACAGGAUGUUCAACAACUUCCCGACCCUUCCCCGUGUCUGUGAAACUACUGACCGGAAAAAAUUACUAAGAUAAGAGUUGUAGGAUUUUACUUAGCAGUAUAAUGGUGAUCCUGACAAUGACCUUGACUUUGAUUUCCUUUUACAGUCAAAUUGAAUUUAAGUUUAGAUAUAUCCUUGACCAUGAUCUUGUGCUUGACUUAGCUUAUUUUGAGAUCAAAUUGGUUUUCUUAAAUGUAACCCUAUACUUUUGACUCCUGAAGUCGAAAAUACGGAAAUUUCUGAGUUUGGACAUGUCCUUGACCAUGACUAGGUAUGUCGAUCGAGUGAUGUAUAUGUGGUUCGAUUCGCCCAGACAGUGGGGACCUAUCAAUGCACGCGAGUUUCAAACAAAGUACUGUAAUAUACAAGGUGUACCUGAUAAGCAGUGAAACUUCAGCUCAUACUUACUUACUUAUAUAAGUUUGCACCCUUCACUUCCAAAAACCCAAGUGUUGAUCUCCGUUUGCAACAUUCAGCUUCUUUUUUGCGCUACGUAAACAAACAAACGCGGCCCAGGAUGGAUACGUUUCGGGAAACAAUCUGAAUACAUUCUUUAAACCUCAACAGCAUCUUGAUAACAUUCACCGUAUAACCACAUCCACAUGCUUAUUAUUAAUGUUGCUCUCUUGAAUCCACUUUAUAAACAAACAGCUCAGUUUACCUACACAUCGCCUAGGUUAAAUACUGAUACGUAUCGUGUCUUUCCACCUUUUAUUCAAUCAGUAGGCAGGGCCGGACUAUGAUUCACAGAUUUUUUCGGAAUCUAGCAUCUCCAUCUUAAGACUUUGGGUUACGUGUUACUAGAAAAUUUUUAUUAUUUUCACAAGAACUAAUAGUGGCCUACUCUAAAAACAUCAUCUAUUUAUUCCAAAAUGUGUUAGUUGUGGAAUAUAAAUCAAUCACAUUUUCUUUACUUUACCCUCUUAUAGUAUUUCAUCGUACAUAUAGUUUAGGUAACUGAUAUCAGAGCAGCGUUUAUAAUCAUAAACACCUCAAUGUGGGUAAUGCCAGUAAAUGACUAUUAAUGGUCCUGAAAUAGUGACUACAAUCACUACAAUUUAUAAACCGAGUAGAAAUUGAAUAUUGGAUCAUUUAGCUCUUAUUGGAGAUUUAUAGGAAUAGAAUAAACAUCGAUAGCCGAAUUAUAAACAAAUCAUUUUUCUAAAGACUUCAAUCAUUGUAGAAUAUCCCAAGAAUCUAAAGGUUGCUACGUUGUCAAUUCCUCGUAAGUGUCUGUAAAGUAGUUGGCCCCUUUACGCCACCAGACCGUUCUCUUCUCGAGAAAUUCCGAAUGGGCUGUGAUUAAAUAACAAAUCAGUGUUUGAUUGUACAGGCCGUUUUGUAUUCUCGUUUUGUCGACAUAUAUAACUGUUAUAUAUUGUUUCGAGACAACUCUCUAUUUGUUGUAAGUAUAUAUAAAUGUGUGUGGUUUAACUAUAAUCGAAUAAGAUAUAUGAAAAAAGUGAAAAAUGGUGGUUCCAGAUGCUGCUAUAUACUUGCGCAAAAAAAACUCAGAAUGAAAUGCAAUUAUAUUGAACACUCUACAUGACGGACUGAGUUAAAUAUGUUUGCUAUCUGUCUCUGCAACCAUAUCCAACCGCAGACACCGCUGUUUCAUGCUUCAUCAGUACAGUAUAGGUGUUGGAGACAGACAAACGGAUAGCAAGCAAGUGAGUAUCGUCUUUUAAAAAAUGUGUAUGUAUGUUUACGGAAUAUAACACAAAAGCUCUAUACCUUCUAGCUUAUAAUUGUUAGGCGUCUGUAUUAUGUACAGAUAAAUAUCGCCCAUCAUAAUAAAAACCUACGACCCGUCAAGCAGAUGUAUUUCUAAGCAUUCACAAAGCUACUAGCAAUGCAUACACAGGGUGAACUGAAUAUUCAGGCUGUGUCCACCUUUACCAACGAAUUCAGACUAGAUAGAAGGAGGAGGCCUACGAUUUGUUCGUCUCCAGAAUCUAAGUCCAUAGACAGCAUUGUGUAGUUCUGGCAUUAAAUUCGUAUUUUUGAUGAAAUUUUUCAAAAAAUACGAGGGUUUGCAAAUAAUUGUUGUGUGAGGCAAUUUCAGGACAUGGUACUUCUUGCAUAAUUUGCGAAGAGCGGCCACAAGCCUAACGAAAAAAGAUCUUUCCACCGGUAAGUAUUACAAUGCAAGGCAAGGCUCGGCUACUUCUAAUCUAUUCAAAUUUGUUGGUCUAUACAUAGUACAGACGUCUAUCAGUUAUGAGCCAAACGACGUAGGGGCCUUUUUGUCAUUUUCAGCGUAAAGACUAAGAAUGUACCAGCUUUGGCAAACCAUUUGUAGGUGGCGCAAGUCAGAUUUCGUUAGCUAUUUGCCCACAGCUCCACCUAUCGCCAUAUAGCUCAUACACCCUUUUUCUGUUUUUCAACUGAAGUACUCGUCAGUGGCUCCGUCCUCUUACUUUUGACUGGAAACAGCGAAAAAAAUACAUUUUGACAUAUGUCGAAGGUAAAUGUUGAAGUUACAUUUACUCUCUUUUAAUUAUUGAGUUUCAACGCCAGAAAUAGAGAAAAGGGUAAUGGGUAAUUCGGGCGUCGUUCCUUUAUCUCGCGAACAACGAUGAAUUUUAUUCUGCUUAUUAAGGUUGUUGAAGACAUAAAUAAUGAGCAAACAAUAGUUCUAAGUACAACGCUUUUGAAAUAUUGGACAUAGAAGUCUGGUGAAAAAUGAGUAGCGCUCUAUUUCAUAAAAGCAGAAUCAAUCAGUUAGUAUACGAAAGUGUGUAUGCUUUUUACAGUUCAUAUAAGUUUAAAAGUCUUAUAAGUUCUAAUGUCAUGUAGUCUAGUACCAGAGCGGAAGAGAAUAGUAUAACACAGUUUUCAGAUGUUCCCCUUCUACUUGCUCCUGCUCCGUUAUUGUUGAACACAUUUAAGUAAGGUAUUCUAUCAUUGAUAAAGCAGUACCUUGGUGUCAAAAUUGUACCAUAAUCCGAGCAGUAACUUCCGAACAGAAGACCUCGUAGCUGUUUCGCUGAAGUUAUUUUUAAGGCCCUAAUUGAAUGUCAAAACAGUCAUCCACAUACAGAACCGUGGUCCAUAAUGUCAUCAUGAACUUGAACUACAAAAAAUGCACAGGUCAACUCUGUUAACAGCACUGAAAACGCAAUCCGACCCAGUACCGCUGUGUCUGACGCUGCUUCUGGCUGGAGCGACCACGUCGACAGCUUGGGUUAUAUUUGUGCUCUCUGUGCUAGAACCUGUGCUGUCCUGCAUAAAAACCACUCGCCUGACAAACAUUAGCCAGAGAGCUUUUACUGCGUUACUCUUCCAUUUUGGCACCUGAUUACGGUCUAACUCCAAGGUUGAAAGUUCCAGAACCGUUGCCACUUGGUACGGUAUCUUUUGCGCAUAAUUUUAUGUCUUGUCUACAUUAAUAAGAAAUCGCAAGCGGUCGUUGGCGGCGAGAUAGAAAAAUGACGCUAUAAAUCAUUGAAAAUUGCCGGCGUUGUUUAAAGUUACGAGGGUUGAUCCAGAAAUAUGGUCCCCAAAAAGCUCCAGCCACAUUCGAAGGUGCAAAACCUUUCUUUUGACCAACCCUCGUAUAAGACGGGAUGAUAUUGAGUCUUAUGAAGAGUGAAGAAUAUUCAAUGUUAUUGUAAAAUAUACCGAGCUUUUUUGCGGAAGCAUAUUGAUAGUAUCAGAAGCCAUUAAGGUAUGGUGGCGUGUCUGGUCCUGUGUCCACAGUUGCCAAAUUUAGCUCAGGCGUAUCUCAUGUGAUGCUAUGCUAGUCACAGCUGCUCGGAGUUCUAUAAUUGAAAAUGUGAACAUUUAAUCUAUAAGAUGAGGUGCUUUCGAAAACGGUAAUAUUUGGUUAAAAGUUGUUCAAGAGAAUGGACCCAAAGUAUCCCACAUGAAAAUGAUAGUCAGUAGAUUUUAUCCAAAACAAUACUAGAUACGUAGCCUGAACUUCAUUAUGCUUUUAAGCUAGCUGCAAUUCGCAAGAUCGCAUUUUUGAGAAUACGUUUGGAGUGUAGUGCGAGUGUCAUAUUGAAACAUAUGAAUUUUUAUUGGACGUGCCACUAAACAAACAAAAAGGAAAUGUUAGUAUCUAAGGUUUAUCAAGCAUCAUAGAAAAGUUUGGUAAAAUUCUACUGGAAGUCUUGUGAUGGUCGCUUCGGGUGUUUGUUGAAAGGUACAUACAUAAAACGCUGAAACCUCUUAUGAUAUAAAUAUUGCUGAUGAUAUAUAUGUAACUCCAUGUAAGGGGAAUAUCAUUGUGGAGAUGCAUGUCCUAAUACAGAGUGUAUUUUUGAUAAAAUCAUGUAUAUCUGUCAGUAAGCCGUAACUGAAUUGCCAUAUUAAAUGUAAAAACCGUCAUGUGAUAACGAGAUUAAAUUAUAAAAUAUUUCGAAAUGUUCAGCGUUGCUAGAGUAUAUGUUUUUAUCAACUAGCACGAACAGUUCCGUUGUUGUUGAAAUAAAAUUUUAAAUAAUAACAGGACGUUUUUCGAAAGCACUCGAACAAACCAAAUCAGGGCUCCGGCAUUUUUAAAGUUGUAAGUGAGCCAAUGAUAUAUUUAUUUACAUAUAUUUAACAGUACUUAUACAAAAAUAGUAUAAUAUUUCUACUAAGUAACAUAAUCCUUAAAAAGUACCAAAUAUAUAUAUAUUAACCUGUAAAAAUCCGUAGCUGUAGCAACCCUAGGUUAGGUGAUAACACACAAAAUGAUAAAGGAGGAACACAGAGUGGUCAAAAUACCAUUUGGGUAUGGGAUGUAUGGAAUAUCUUCUCCAUGCUACGCGUUCUCGAUAUUGGGAUCAGAAAAUAUGUUACUCAAAAACCUACUGAAUUCUAGAUACGCUUAAACAUUUUGGCAUAUCAACUUGUGUUUAUUUUUUUCAAGAACGACACUUUUUGUUGACUUCAGCCUCUGUACUUAACCGAGUCAGAGUAACCUCAAAUUAAAUAUUUGGAAAAAUACUGUCAACCUCGGGUAAGUUUGAUCCAAAUAUUUACGCAAAAAAUUUAUGCAAAAUCAAACGGUUACUCUUUUAUUCAUACUGAUUAAUGAAAAUGUUUGUCAUGUGGGUUUGAAAUCCAUUUCAAAUGAGAUCAUCCUGAUUCUCUAUACAUAUAGUUUGACGAAGAUAUUCUAUAGCAUUUGGUAUGCCGUUUAUCGAUUUUAGAAAAAUGCGUUUGCCAUUUAUGAAUUUUAUCAAAUGUAAGUAUAUAAGUUUAUAAUUAUAUCAAAAUGCAAGUUGUGCGUUUUCGCCAAAUAGUUGUUGAGAAGUUAGUUAACGCUUUCGCGGGGCGACAAUUUAGUCCCAGGCCAGGAAAAUUGAAGGGCGCAUUUAAAAGCUACAAGGGUAUUGGGGUGGCUCUUAUUAUCCACAAUAUUCACAAAAAUUAUUAUCAGUCUCUCAAGUGACAAAAUUGGCGGAAGUAGAUGAUGUGUGUGAAUUUUUCUAGUGCUGUUAUAAUAUGCACCUUUCUGAACAACACUAUCAAAAAAAGUCAUGGUAACAACAAGAAGUUCACAAAUAGUCUAUUGCAUUGCAACCAUUUGGUCAGAUAAUAAGGUCACCUCCAUUUAUCCUAAUGCUAAAGGAAUAUGCUCGACUGGGCCACUCUAGUCAAAUUAUCCAGCCCUUGGCUGUCAUUAGUUAAAAUGAUUAGGUACAUAUUAAUUUAGACCUCUGUUGAUUUGGCUAUCCUCUAUUCGCUGUACACACCAGCUUCGUGUUUUAUCUUGACCGACGAUUCCGUUUUAGGUUUAGCAGUUCUCAAUAUUUGCCGUGGUACAUGAAUAUAGCACAAGCUCCGUGUGAAUUGAUGCAACAUAUUGAAGCGCUCCCUACAUGAAGCUCUCUGAUGACAGUAUUUCCAAAAAAUAUAGGUAUAUUUCACUGUAUGUUUACGCGAAAGUUUAUUUUAUUCAUAAUAGUAAUUGAUGAAACCUUGAAACGCGUGGAAUGAAAUAUUUCCCAUCAGUGUCAAUCGUAAAAAAAUACUUCAUACAAUUAUAUUUUCUUAACACACCUUAAUCUAAUGUUUGAAAGAGCUUCAUCAACGAGACAUAAAAAUUGUACAAAUUCAAUCACACACAAUACUUAGUUUACUAUUUAAAGCUUUAACUAGUCAUAGUACGAAUCUGUUUUGAGAGAAACUCGCAAUUAAGAGGAUUUGUGUAUCCUAUAUGUACAGCUUCUUUUGACAAUAAGAAUAUCUAGCACAAAGUAGGUACACUAACAUUAGGUACAAGAAAAUCAAAAAAAAAUUCUGGGUAUAUACAAGAAGUCGAAUUGAUCUCAGUUUUUGAUUUGAAAAACAAUGUACAAACCAAUUGCGUUAGUGCUACUAGUUCAGUACCUUGUUAGACUAAAAAAAAAACGAGAAACAAGUGAGGAAAACCAAAUCAACCUUUUUAGUCGUAAGACAUAUUUAGUCGACAUACAUGCUAUUUAUUGAAUUUGAAGUAUUUAGAGGUUCAACUUUUUAUCGGUUAAGUAUGAUUCUAUUUUUCAUUGGCUGAGAUAAUACAGUGCAAUAUUAACGGAACGACUGAAUACAUCGUUAGGUGAAACCGUACUUCUGAUACAUAGAAUGCACUCAGACAGCUGGACAAAUCAAAGAAAGUCUUGAAUCAAAAUGAUCCAAUAAAUAAUAAGGGGUUACUAUCAUGUCCCUCUUUGCAUUCUUGUGCUUCUGCAGUUUGUGCCAAUAUCUCAGACGGUAUUAAAGGUGAUAUUAGAGGCGUUUAAGAACAACCGAAGAUAGUAUCAUCCCGGGAGCGUAUGUCUACUCAAGCGUCUUACAGCUUACUUUUUAAUUUAUAUCCGGGCAUUAUUUCAAAUCUUCUCAUGACUAGCAAAAGUUUGAACAGCAUUUGAGUGUAUUUUGUGACAUCGUCUUACCAAUGUAUUCUUAUUGCAGACAAAUGGUUUGCUACUUUUAACUUGACGUUUAUUCCGCUUUUGUUUAGUGUGUCAUCUGGAAGUCGGAGUAACGUUCAUUCCUACCUCAAUAGAACUGUCUGACGUAUCAGUUUCAAACAAUUUCCAAAUAACUGCGAUAACGACAAGCUAAGAUACUAAGAUAUUUCAAAUAACAAACGAAAAAAGUCAUUAACAACAAAAAGUAAGGACAAAUGUUACUUUCAAAGACUGGCUGACCUGUGAGCAAAAGUGGAAUAAACGCUGACUUGUAUUAUAUAACUAUAAAUAAAACGCUAAUUUUUUUCUUUAGUAGUAGUGCAUUCCACGCUUGCUAAAGACAUUCCUCUAGCGAUGGAAAUAAACUAAAAAGAAAAAUAGAUAUUUAAGUAUGAAUCGAAAAGUAGGGAGGGUGACAGCUCCCGAGUUAUACAAAGAACAUUCACGUGGUCUCCCCAAUCAGAUUAGAUCCAGAAAGACUAAGGAGUUACGAUAGAGAAAAUUGUUCCACGAUGAUUGUAAAAUCUUAACUGCAAGAAGUGCAAGUUAUCUUCUGAACCCAAAAACACAUAGUGACUAAAUAGACCCAUAUUGUAUUGACUGAGAGACAAGAGGUAUACUAGUACAUAUAUUGAAUAGAAGGUAAGGGUAGUUAUAGAAUAUACUCAUUUGUGCUUGACAAGGAAAUAAAUAGUCUUAGAGUAAUAAAAUUAAAAUGAAUCAUAGAAGUGUGAACACAGGGAACGCUCGCUGGGGAUUUGUAUUAAAGUCUAAAAGCAAGUAGUUGUAUCGUCUAGCCAUCGGUAGACGAGCCUUUGGAUACUGAAUGAUUCCAAGUGAUCAUGACGUAAUUUGAAUUUUAAUCUCUAGUGGUUGAUUUUCUCUAUCGUGGCUGAGUUCUUUUGGUGGAACAGAAUGCGGAAAACAAAUGUCUAAACGCAGCGAAGUGAUUCAAGGAUACAGGGUAUGUUUUUGCAAUUAUUUGUGUAAACGAUUCUUCAUCAUGGGGAUACGACAAUGUUUCCCGAAACCGCGUACUUGGCGAUAUCGGUAUCUCGCCGGACAAAUUUAGGAAUAGGUGGAUCGAAAAAGUUUUCUUUGUCGUUUCCUAGGAACAUCACAAAUCUCCAUAAGGUUCUCAAAUUUUCUUGACACUAACAACAAGCUGUAUUAUAGCAUAUAGGUAAAAAAAUUUCUCAGACAAUAGUUUAUUGGGCAUUUAUGACAAGGAGGUAGGAAGAGCUUUGUCUUCCUACAUCUUAGGAAAGUUUUAAGGUGGAGUGUAGCCUUGAAUUGUCACACUAUAAGCAAAAUGACACCAAGUACCAGGACCACCAAAAUCAAAAGAAUGCAAACAGGACCACACUGGAGUUUCGUACAAAGGAUAUUUUUGGGAGGUAGCGUGUGUAAUCGAGCACCAUUUUUCUGCAAAUGUUCAGUACAAAAACUUUAUUGAAAGAAGGCAUAUUAUGGAAGUUUUGUAGAUAAUUGAGAUGACAAUAUAAAAUACGCAGUGACUGAACUGAUGCAAAUACCUCUAUACGUGUUAGAAAGUUUUACGUACUCCGGAAAAUCUGGAGUUAUAGCUAUGUUGAUUUGGAGAUCUUUGAAAGGUUUUUCUAUCCACCUUGAUGAUUUAUCCAUCUCAUCCCAUGCUGUAAAUACAUUGGGGUCCAUUCAAUGCACCUUUUAUACUUACAAAAAAUAAUAAACGCGAAACGGUCCUUUCUGUCAUUGACAUAAAGUGCACCUGCCAUCAUGGAAUCCGAUUUUAUAUAUUUUAGAUGCUAUGAGAUAAUAUUAAAUAAGCGCUUUCCUUUCGAAUGUCAAAUGCGCAUAGCGAAACAUUACCAGAGCUUGCUGAAAUAUGAAAAUGUCGAAUACUUGAAGAGAUGAGUAUCUAAUAUUAAUGACUGCUGAUAAUAUUAUUUCUAUUGGGAUACAAAACAUUUACAUGAAACAAUACUGGAAGAGGACUUUUUGUACGAACUGACUUAAGAAUUGAAGGAACAAUGGGUAAAUUUGGAACGCACUGUACAAUCAGUUAUAGUUUAACAAAGACACACCUGUUGUGAUCAUACUUGCAUUACAGUUCCUACUUUAACACUUAUAGUUCAUCGAUAUAUGAACUGAAACUAAACUGAAAACCACAAUGCCUCCAAAAUAGUAACUGUACAAAGCGUUCUAAUAUUACUUGACAAUAAGAUUAGUCUACACAGCAGGACGAAAAUUAUGAACGAUUUUAAAAAUAUUAUUUCAGCUUUUGGAACUCGUGGUUGUGAGUGAACCACAUAAGUUGACAGAUUGAACUUCACGAGCGAGUCAGGCUAUCAUGUUCGUUUUGAUCACGUAUAAAAAUUGAACUGAUUAUAUUCAGUGUUUUGCUGUGCACAUUACGACAUUCUCCGUUCAUCGGUCUAGUUCCACUUUUAUGCAUCGACCCAUUUCAUCAUCAUAUAUUUUAGCUACAAGUAGAAUAGAGUUUAGGUCUAGUCAUUACUAUAUCUAAAGUGCGUAUGGCCGUUACGACAAGCACAAAACUUAUCAAUAUGGUACUCGACUUAAAAACAAAUCUUGCAUUCGCUGUACUUUCCGCAGUUAUAGUUUUUUCAAGUAGAUCAAGAUUGGUAAACUAUUAAAUUCAAUAAGUUUAGAUUUACUAUGUCUACUUAGUCAUUCGCCAUUGUUAACCUAGUAUUAACCAUUUUCAAUGAUAAGUUUUCGAUUUAGACUGAAGGUCGGCUGUUUGUUCGAUAUACACAAUAAUAUGUAGGUAUAAUAAGCUAGAGGCACUACUUCAUCGUCUCUGCACGUCAUAAAAAAGAAUUGAUGAAAAGAACCUUGCAGUGUGAUCACUGAAACGAAAACUUAUUAUUCUCCUACAUCCUGGUUCUACAAGGAGACCUUACACCUUUCAGGUCACCGACUUGGCCACAGCUCUAUUUCUUGAAAUUGUCGGUCUCACCAUUGGUCAAUGUUUCGAAAAUGCUAACUUACGAAAAUUGUUAUAUUAGCAUAGGCAGGUUGUAAGGUUUGCUGUUGUUUUUUAAAUAACAAAAUGCAGUAGCCGUUGAAGAUUAAAUCAGUUUUGUAUUUGUAUUAAUUACCUCAUUUAUGUUAUUGGAUGAUAAUCCUCGUAUAAAUGGACAAAGCAUAAACUGUCACCGACUACAAAAAAGGAUCAACAUUUAAGCAAGUGCAAGGUCUUUCAAACUUAUCAAAGGAUAAACAUGCAUCAUUUACAUUUUGGCGAAAAUCUCUUUGGUCAGACAGUUUUAAUGCAAACCAUGCAUAUUUAAUCACUUUCUGAAAAAUUGGUGCUGAUAACUGAUGGAUCAAUGAAAAGAGUCGUUUGAAACCUUCACGAGAUGCGAUUUCGCGUUUUUGUGCUACUAUAUAUGAACAGUUCUGGAUUUUAUUUAAAACAUUUUUUAAAUACGACGAUUCAAAGAAGAUUUACAUCAAUCAAGAAGUUAUAUUGACGAUAUAAUUAGACAAUGGAAAGAAACCGCACCAAAAGCACCAUAAGAGAUCACUGGAAAUUUUACUUUUUGCUGAUGAUCCGAUGGUCUAAAGACACACUCCAAAUGGAUAUGCAUCUACUGAAUGAUGUCACUAAGGAGUAUAACUGUGGCUUGCUGACGUCCAACAAAGUCAUGGCUUUCAUAGAGAACCAACCAGUGACAGCAAAAAUCUUUCUAAAAGACACAACUAUGGAAUGUGUAUUCAAAUAUAUCGGUUCUGAUAACAGCAUUCACUAAAAACUGACGGCCUACGCCAGAAUGUGCGGCAUAAUUAUAAAUAAGAAAUCUAAACCAGUGAAGACAAUAUACCUAGCACAAAUUUUACACAUUAAUGGCUGUACCUACUCUGCUGUAUAGUUCUGAAGCCUGGGUCAUCAAAAAACGCGGCAAAAGUCCCAUACAAUCGACCGAUAUGGAAAUUUCAAGGGAAACAAAGAGAAUAUCAUAUCCGUAAUUGAUGACAAAAUAAAAGACCAUCAAAAAAAAUGUACAAAGAAUGGAAAUGGGACGUAAUAAUAAUUCUCACAGAGGACACCAAUUCGCGCAUCCAAACAUUUUUGAAACUUGGACAAAUGGUGAGACUGAUCCUUUCGAGAGAAAUAUUUUCCUUGUUUUCAAGUACUUCACCUUAGUACUUUAGGAAUCUGCUCCACUACUAUGUAUCUAUCAACACAUCGAGAUGCGGCAAAAUCGGUGACCCGAAGCCUGUAAAUAAUCCUUGUCAGUUUAUUGGAGUUACCUUAUUUACCAGAGAGUUACCGUAAAAUCUUUCGGCAGUUCGAGCGUGAAAACUAUAAGACUGGUCUUUUAAAUACUUUACACCGCCAUUGCUAACUUAAAUUUCUAGUCUAUUUAACCAUUGCCCAUUUUUUGUCCAUCUCUGUAAAAGCCUUAUUACUAUCAGUGUAUGAAAAGAUGUUAGAAAAAGCUAUUGUUAUAUUUGUUAAUGGAAGUCUAAAUUUGAUUUCUGAUUAUGCCAAAACUAUCACUCUGAAAGGGUAUGAGAAUAGCUCGUAAUUUGAGAUCAAAUAUAGACUUAUUUGUUAAAACAGCAUCAUCAGUAUUAUGUAUCAUUUUGUUGAACGCAAAAUAACGUAGGAUUUCAUGGUUUACUAAACUUGUUAACAACCCAACAUUAGAAUGCUGGGAUCGUAUAUUUUGUUAUUAAUUAUUUGAACGUACUCUAGUCAAGCUUUCUGUGAAUAUUAUUUCCCUUAAUACCUGUGUUGUGCAAUCAGAAAAUCUUAAGGAUAGAAACUUUUCUAAACAAGCAGCAAAUAUAAUUUUCUGUAUAAAAAUGUUUCUCUCCUUACUGGAAUAUGCCAAAGAGCUUUAUACUGUAUUUGAUUCGUAUUGAUCUCUAUAUUUUUACUAUUUAUUCUAUUUAUUUUUCUAUUUAUUGCUUAUAUCUAUACUGUUGUGUUCUAACGAACAAAAUUGCAAAAAUGGUUUUUCGAAUUUCAAACAUAACAUCAACUCACCUUGUUUCUUGUAAAGUAGUAAUCAGCAAAUACUGAGAAUGGAAACUAAGAACACAAAAAUCAAAUUCGUUAAUAUUUUACACAAUUUGUGAAAUGUGAAAAUCGAAAAUUGUUUCUCCGAUUUUGAUCGGCAUUCUCCAUUGAGUGCUAACUUGAGCUAUACCUCUGCACAAGUAUUUUUUCGUAGUUCAGUAUUAGUUAAUUAACGCACAUAUUUAAAAAAAUGGAAGGUGUAGAGUACCUAAAAUUAUAAAUUCCAUCAGAAGAGUAGCCAUACUUCGUUGCAUGUUUUAUUAAAUUUUACACAAAAUUAUGAUAAAUAAAAUUAAUAACAUAAUACUUAUUAUGAUAGUAGAUAAUUAAAUUAUUUAUAACCCGCUAACUUGUAAUACGAUACUGUAAAAACAUAUGAGUAAAGGUUAGAAAAUGGAUGCGUGAACUUUCUAUCCAUGUAUGAAAUUAUCAUAUUUUUUUUACACUGUCAAUUUUGCUGGUGUUUUAUAUUUCAUACAUACAUAUUAGUAAUGAAAAAUCAUUAGUUUUACAUUGUAACUUUAAUAUAUCAGGAUAUAAUAUAUUGUAUUAUACAGUACCUAUUGUAAUAUUUUGACAUAAGAUGGAUUUGCCAGUCCAAACUAUUAUUAUCAAGACAUGACAGAGCGUAGUAUUAAUGCUCAAAACUUUACAUAAUCUAUUAUUGAAAUCUUUUGAAAACGUCAUGUCACAGUUCUCCCGUACAAUUCCUUUUUCUAGAGGUGUAACAAGUUAUAAACUAAUAAAAUUCAAGCUUCAAAGUGAUAUAUAAUAUAAUAACUAUAAUUCUACAAUACUCCGUUGUACAAAAAUAUUCACAGAUAUAAGCAAGUGAUGAGUCAUAUGAAAAAUGAAUAAUACACAUCAUGAAUUAAGUUUGCACCGAUUCUAUGCACAACUUUACUCAACUAGAGUUUUGGAUAAGAUAAGAAUUCGCAUUUUAGUUCAACAUGCCUUAUUUGACAUAGGCGUGAAAGGCUGCAUCAGUCCGCCUAUUUCUGGGAAUGUAACUUGUACUUUAAUAGGUUGUACUAAGUGUAUCCUUGUGACAAAGACUUUUCUAAAUCUCCACUUUUUAACACAAAGAUCAAACUUCGAAUAAUCAUGUAAAUAUAAACAUCGCACGGCUUUUCAUUUGAACAUUUUUGUUUUUAAUGGUAGAGAUUGUUACACCUUUAGCUGGACAUUUAUUAUCGCUAUAUAUUUCCGAACAAACGCAUACCAAUUUACAUUAUGAAUUUAAAUUUAGUAUGGUAAACAAAGUUACUGGUUUGCUUUUGUUUGGUAGAUAUACCCAGUUCAUAUAAAUCUUUAUAAAAGAAUUAUAAAUUAAUAAAGUUAAAUAUAACGC